AUGUUCAAAACACUCGCCUCAUGUGCAACGCUCGGUCUGUUAGCGCUGACAACGUCGGCUGCACCUCAAGCAUAUGCAGAUUUGAGGCCUACAGUCAUAGGAGCGAAGACAUUCUUCAUCAACACUAAAAUUGAUUUCACUCGGCCAGCUGAAGUACUUGACAGCACAGGCCGUGUUGUCCACAUGAUACAACCAUUAUCCACUUCCGGAGAGGAAUUCAUACAGAUUGUAUCCACGACGGACCCGCUCGACAUUGCACUGGUUAAAGUGGAAAAACCCAGUGAUUGUUCCGCAAUUUCCGCAAGAUACUUCUUUUACCAAAGCUUCACAUAUGGUAAACCGAAUCCACCACGCGGUCAAUGGAUCCUAGAUCCUACCGAUCAUGCAAAGUUUUCUCCAGUAUUUCUUCGCAGCCCCAAAGGCUCACCUUCUGGCAAGAUUCUUCUUGUACCCUCCUCGUCCAUCGUACUGGCCAAAAUUUCGGACUACCAUCAUCCGCCGACCACUCUACCAGCGGGUCACUACUACUCAAUAUUUUUCCCCGCUAGGGGAGGGAAUAGCCCAUAUAUCGAGGAGCUGACACUACGAGUUUCUCAUCUGACCCAGACCGAUGCCAUUGCACUGCUCGUCAAAAUCCUUGAAGAUCAAAACCAAUGCACCUGA